UCGAGAAAGCUUUCAUAAUUUGCCGUCGAUGUCUCUUCAUUGUCGGAGUUGACAUUUUCUCUGAAACCUGGAAGCCUACUAUAUGGUCCUUCAUGCCAAUCGGUUCGAUGACCUCUUACGUGUUUUUUGCUUCGUAUUUUCUAGCGCACCAUGUGGACACGAUAGAGUUUAUGACGGAAUGCGUGGCAGCUAUAUUUACGAUUGGAGAACUGGCGGUUGCUAUAAUUAAUAUUCAUCUUGAUCGUCAGUCCUGGCUUGAUAUUGUGGAAGAAAUGCGCAACUCUGCAACCCCAUACAUAAAACAUGAGCUGACGCACCUUUUUGAUAACUACUUUCAUCGGAGCAUUUUUUUCGUAAAAGUUUACUACUUUCUGGUUGCAUCAACCGGUAUAAUGUACAGCACGACGGCAUUCAUAUUACCUGAUCCUCGGAAAUACGGUUUACCAUUGCCAGCAGUAUUACCAUUUUUGGCCAGUGACUCCGGGUUAUUCUACACUGUCAAUACAAUCUAUCAGAACUUUGUUUUGCUGAGCUCCGUACACGCAGCGGUGUUUCAAUUUGUAAUCAACUUAUUCGGAAUUUUAGUUGCAUGCUGUCAGAUAGAUGCAAUUAAGUUGAUUCUCAAAAAAUUCAAUGGUUUAAUAGCUGAUCCCACGACCUCGGAAGAGAUUUUAACGGAAGAGCUGAUGGAAAUUAUUCGACUGCAUGGUCUGGUUAAAACUUACAUGUCCCAUUUCCAAGAUAAAUUUGGAUGGAUGUUCUUUGUUUCCUUCUUUUCUAUUGGAUCAAUUGUUGCUAUGUCCAUGAAUGCUGUGUCGAACAACUUAUUUUCAUCCAUCACCAUUCUGAUGAUCAGCACCGCUUCAACUUCUUUGAUGUAUUGCGCUAUAGGAACUUAUCUGAUAGUGGCCAAUGAAAGCCUGACUCGAGCAAUCUAUGAGUUGGAUUGGUACAUUCUGUCGACAUCGAAUCAGAAAUUGUUUUCUUUUAUGCUGGCAAACUCACAAGAAUCGGCAGCAUUACAUGCCUAUUUUUUUCCCAUAGAUUUGUCUACUUUUGUUCAGAUAAUGAAAGCAUCAUUUUCAUAUUUUUCCAUUCUCAAUCAGAGAAGUGCUGCAGAAUAAGUAGUAUGCCUAACAGGAAGCAAUAGUAAAAAUAUUCAAAAACCUUAUAAAAAAAUCAAGGCGAAAGUUAUAA